CACUAGGCACCAUAGUUUGUUUAUGAACGCGUUUGAUGAGCCCUAAGGAUGAGCCGUAUUGGUCUAUAGUUUAUUUAGUUUCUAUGAAAAGUGUUUCCUCGUCAUGUCUGAAGCCGCAGAAAAGGUAGAAAGCGCCUCUGACGCCAGGCGAAGAAUAUUAAACAUCGCUGUCUCCACGGUUCUGUUGGAAACGGGUUUUGACUCUGCAGACAAAGUGGCUCUAGAAACUCUUACUGAAAUUCUACAAUGUUUUUUUACGGAAGUCGGCAAUGCUGCCAAAGGCUACUGCGAACUUUCGGGCAGAGUAGAACCCGUCCUGGGAGAUGUUAUUAUGUCUUUUGUUAAUAUGGGUAUCAGCAUCCAAGGCCUUGAGCAAUACGCAGCUCGCCCCAACCGGCAUGUGAUUCAGCCGCCGCAGCAGGCACCUGCACCGCGCACGCCUGCCAUGUUAUCAGCCGGAUCUAAAGCAAAACCUGCACCACAUAUUCCGUUCCAUCUGCCGCCGUUACCCGACCCACAUGCUUAUAUUCGGACACCCACCCACAAGCAACCAGUGACAGAGUACGAAGCAAUCAGAGAGAAAGCUGCUAGUCAGAAACGAGACAUCGAGAAAGCGCUCACCAAGUUUCUUGCGAAGACUAGCGAAACGCACAAUUUAUUCAAUACAGAUGACAACCAAGUGUAUCCUUUAAUUGCAUGCAAGCCUACAUUCCCAGCAUAUCUCACGUGUCUACUGCCAACAGACCAAGUGUUCGAUUUUGACGAGCUCGAGUAUCACUUCCAAGUAGCUAAUAGGACGGAAGAUAUGCCUCCUGAUAAAAAAGAUAAUUCCGACAAUGAAGGCGAUAACGGCAAUGACGACACCGCAAAUUCCCAAACUGACACACAAGAUUCACAAGCACCACCAAGUCCAAAGACUUGAGAACAAUUUUUUUUUAGAUUAAGU